GUCCUGUCGGCGGUGACGACCUCACAAUACCCUCAGGGUUUUGGAUUACUUUGGGUGGACGAAUCAAAAUGGCCGACGAGGAGCAACACGAAGAGUUCGAGACCGUCGGGGCCGGUGCCUCUUUGACCUACCCUAUGCAGUGCUCGGCUCUGCGUAAGAACGGUCAUGUUGUCAUCAAGGGUCGUCCUUGCAAGAUCGUUGACAUGUCUACCUCCAAGACUGGCAAGCACGGUCACGCCAAGGUCAACUUGGUUGCCAUCGACAUCUUCACCGGCAAGAAGCUCGAGGAUCUCUCUCCUUCCACCCACAACAUGGACGUGCCCAAUGUUGUCCGCAUCGAGUACCCCCUCCUCGACAUCGACGAUGGUUUCUUGUCCCUCAUGAAGGACGACGGCAGCACCAAGGACGAUGUCAAGGUCCCUGACAACGACCUCGGCAAGAAGAUCACUGAGGAAUUCCAGGAAGGAAAGGAACUCAUUGUGACUGUUGUCGCCGCUAUGGGUGAGGAGCACGCCUUGUCCUACAAGGAAGCCCCCAAAUCCUAAUCAUCUGAUUGCGCAUCUGCCGCGGUGGUUCCGGUGUUUGCGGCGAGAUAAACACUUACGUCCCGCUCCCGCAUCACUCAACAUUACCUACCCACAAUCCUCCCACUGUCUUCGUCUUGUAACAUAGAAGAGGCUUUUCCUUUGUAGUUAGUUCUUCCCUCCAUAGUCCCGCAUCACAAGCAUUUUUUUCCUCGAUCCGCUUUUUGACCAUCGGAGACGACCGCAAACAAAUGUUCGCCGACGUUCCCUUAUACAAUACAUAAUAUGUGUGCUCAGCUUCGGUUGCAACUUGGCUUGGGAGCGGGCAUAG